AUGUCCACACGCUCACAACGAAUCAACGGCGAAUUCGAGUCUAUAAAGCACACGGUAGACCAAGACCAAGAUAAGCGUGAGCGCGUCAUAAAAGCAUCGCGGGACAUUACAGCCCUGAGCAAGAGAAUGAUCUUCUCCUUACACCGCGUGUACAAACAACCGCGGAUCGAGCAAUUCAACCAGCUGUCUAGUAUCCGCAAUACACAGCUCACGCAGAUACACAAAAUCUGGGUGGAGAGAGUAGCCGUAGAGUUCACCCAUUCAGACCCCAUUCAGCGAUCAAAUAUCCGCCACUCCUUCUCCAAAUUCGCUUUCGCAGGUUUGGAAGAGUAUAUAGAGGCGAUAUCAUUUCUGGAGUUCCUCGAGAGCGAUACGCUUAUUACCGUGGAUAAAAUUCAACUUAUGCUGUCGAUUGAUAACCAACCCAUCGUCCCGGUACGCCCACUUGAAUACCUCGCUGGGCUGGGUGAUCUCACAGGCGAAUUGAUGCGUAUGGCGAUACAACUCCUCGGCAUGGCAGACCUCACGCUGAUCGAGAGGAUCGUCGAGCUGAUCACGAGUGUGAAACUAGUGCUACAGGAUAACACACACCAUUUCCACACCCUCCAGCAGAAACUCAAGACACUCGAAAAUAGCCUCAAGAAGAUAGAAGAUACACGCUACAUGUACGAGGUCAGGAGGGCCGAGUUCAAAGACAACCCCGAAGCUCUUAAGAGGGUGAUGGAGCAUUACCAGACGAGUAGCGAGGACAGUCGCCAUAUUAGCCAGAGUAAUUAG